CAGCCACUGGUGAGACAGACACAGAAACAUAUACACACACACACGCACAAAGAGGAAGUCACCAGUGGUCGAGAACAGCCCCAACGUUCUUUUCACCAACAGCUGCUUUCCUCCUCCCUACUGCCCUUUGCUUCCACCUUUUUAAUCUCUCUUCCCAACAUCAACAUGCAUAAAUAGAUAUUUCUAUAAGAAGAAACAAGACAUUAUCUUUGCCCGGGGAACAUUGGAGGUAUGAUCAUUAGUUGUCGCGAAUGACCCGAAUUGAACUGCUAUCCUCUCAGUCGGAACGAUCCACACCACGGUACCAGGGGCAAAACAUUCGAGGGUGUAUGAUUGAUUGACAUGAGAGUACAUUUGGAGGACGUGAAGAACAAAGGAGAGAGAAGCCAUGUGGGGUGUGCGUUGUGAAGGGAUGGGAGCUCACUCCGGACGAUGGAGCCUCAGCUUCUUUUUGGGCUUCUGAUCUUUUCCUUCCAAGCCCCUUUGUCGCCAUUGAAAAGCGGCGGUGCUUUCUCAUCAUCGUCCCAGCUUCACCAGAUCUCUUUCUCUCUCUCUCUAUAUAUAUAUAUAUCAAGAAGAAGAAGAACUAUAGCAUAGUACGUACUCAUUUUAGCAUUCGUAUCUUCGGGAAGAUUUUCGUGCGUCAUUCGAGUCUCGUGAUCGGCUUCACUCGUGUGAAGAAAUGGAGCCAUCAGAUAAUUACGGCAACAAUAAUAAAUCCAAGAAUUCCUCUCUCAUGCCGCCGCCUCUUCCUCGAGACCAGCGCGGGUCGCUCGAAGUCUUCAACCCGUCCGCCUACCAAACCCGGCCCACGAACCCCGCCUUCCCCUCCCAGCCCACGUGGCAGUCCUGGGCCGACCUGCACGGUAGCCCUGAACCCCUGCCCGACCCGGCGCCCCUCCCCUCCGCCGCCCGCUCCAACCGGGGAGACGAGAUCACCACCUCAUGGAUGGCCCUCAAGGAUACCCCUCCACCUCCGCCUCCACUGCUGAACCCCAUCUCCGCCGACUCCGAAGCCAAGUCACCGGUCGAGGUCGGGGCAGCGGUCCAGAGGGCGGCUGAGUGGGGGUUGGUCUUGAAGACCGACACUGAGACGGGGAAGCCGCAGGGGGUGGCAGUCAGGACAUCAGGCGGGGACGACGGACCAGCAGGAGGGAAACAGGCAGGGACAUCGAGGAGGAACUCGAACAACUCGGUCCGGAGCUCGGGUGACCAGUCGGAGGGUGAGGGCGGUAAGGAGAGGGGAUUCCCGAGAGUCUCUGAGGACCUCAAGGACGCUCUGUCCACGUUCCAGCAGACGUUUGUGGUGUCGGACGCGACAAAACCCGACUAUCCGAUCAUGUAUGCCAGCGCCGGGUUCUUCAAGAUGACGGGUUACACCUCCAAGGAAGUCGUUGGCCGGAACUGUCGGUUUUUACAGGGAGCCGACACGGACCCGGAGGAUGUGGCAAAGAUAAGGGAAGCAUUGCAGGCGGGUACGAGUUACUGCGGAAGGCUGCUGAACUACAAGAAAGAUGGGACGCCCUUUUGGAACCUACUCACCAUUGCCCCCAUCAAGGACGAAGAUGGCAAGAUCCUCAAAUUCAUCGGGAUGCAAGUGGAGGUGAGCAGGCACACGGAGGGAUUUAAGGAUAAGACGUUGCGGCCAAAUGGAUUGCCAGAGUCCCUCAUUCGAUAUGAUGCUCGGCAGAAGGAGAUGGCGGCGAGCUCAGUGACCGAGCUGGUCCAGGCUGUGAGGAAGCCGCGGUCGCUCAGCGAGUCAGCGACGCGGCCUUUCAUCAGGAGGUCAGGUGGCGGCGGCGAGAAAGAGAGGUCGUCGUCGAUCAUUGCAGAUGCCGCCCUGGGUUUAGGUUCAGGAAUGGGAAGGAGGAACUCGGACUUGGGAGGGGCGAAGAAUAGGAAGAGCUCUGGUUCGAUGGAGAGAAUCAGUGAACUGCCCGAGAAGACGAAGAAGAAUGUGAAGAAGAAACCGCCUAAGAAAUCUUCCCGCCGCUCUUUCAUGAGGUUGAUGAGGAAGAGCGAGUCCAGUAUAGACAGCUACAACAUGGAAGGAGCUCUAGGUGAUGACGAUGAUGAGGAUGAUAGUGAUAAUGAGAGCCUUGAAGAUGACGAUGAGAGGCCCGACAGUGUUUACGACGUCGUACGACAGAAGGAGAUGAGAAAGGGCAUAGAUUUAGCCACCACUCUCGAACGUAUUGAGAAGAACUUUGUCAUCACCGAUCCCAGGCUUCCUGAUAAUCCCAUUAUAUUUGCCUCAGAUAGCUUCUUGGAGCUGACGGAAUAUAGCCGUGAAGAAAUCUUGGGUCGAAACUGCAGAUUCCUUCAAGGUCCCGAAACCGAUCCAGCAACAGUGAGGAAAAUUAGGGAAGCCAUUGAUAACCAGACGGAUGUCACCGUACAGUUAAUUAACUAUACAAAAAGCGGCAAAAAGUUCUGGAACCUCUUCCAUCUACAGCCUAUGCGUGACCAAAAGGGAGAAGUGCAAUAUUUCAUAGGAGUGCAACUCGAUGGUAGCGAGCAUGUUGACCCCCUGCAGAAUGCUAUCCCAGAGGAUACUGCAAAACAAAAUGAACAUCUGGUGAAAAGAACAGCAGAAAAUGUUGAUGACGCAGUCAGAGAACUUCCAGAUGCAAACAAGAAACCAGAAGAUUUAUGGGCAAAUCACUCUAGGAUAGUUCAGCCGAAGCCACAUAGGAAAGAGAGCCCUUCUUGGGAAGCCAUUCAAAAGGUACUUGACAGAGGUGAACAAAUCGGCCUAAAACAUUUUAGGCCAGUCAAACCCUUAGGCUCUGGUGAUACUGGCAGUGUACAUUUGGUGGAACUAUGCGGUACCAACCAAUUCUUUGCAAUGAAGGCCAUGGAUAAGAGUGUUAUGCUUAACCGCAACAAGGUACAUAGAGCUUGUGCGGAAAGAGAAAUCCUUGAUAUGUUGGAUCACCCUUUUCUUCCUGCACUCUAUGCUUCUUUUCAGACAAAAACCCACAUUUGUCUGAUUACUGAUUAUUGCCCUGGAGGCGAGCUCUUCAUGCUACUAGACAGGCAGCCAACAAAGGUCCUCAAGGAAGAUGCUGUGAGAUUUUAUGCUGCAGAGGUGGUUGUUGCAUUGGAAUAUCUCCAUUGCCAAGGGAUAAUUUACAGGGACUUAAAGCCUGAAAAUGUUUUGCUGCAAAGUGAUGGGCAUAUCGCCCUGACAGAUUUUGACCUUUCAUGCUUAACAUCUUGCAAACCACAGCUCUUGAUUCCUAGUACUGAUGAAAAGAAAAGGAAGAAGAAGAAGCAGAAAGGGCAGCAGACACCAAUCUUUAUGGCCGAACCAAUGAGGGCAUCAAAUUCCUUUGUGGGAACCGAAGAGUAUAUAGCUCCGGAGAUUGUAACAGGUGCUGGCCAUACUAGUGCAGUGGACUGGUGGGCUCUCGGGAUUCUUCUAUAUGAGAUGCUAUACGGAUAUACACCUUUUAGGGGGAAGACGAGGCAGAAGACAUUUGCAAAUAUUCUUCACAAAGAUCUUAAAUUCCCAAGAAGUAAAUCGGUAAGUCUCCAUGUAAAGCAAUUAAUUUACAGGUUGCUGCACAGAGAUCCCAAAAGCAGAUUGUGUGCACGUGAAGGAGCCGAAGAAAUCAAGCGCCACCCUUUCUUUCGUGGAGUGAACUGGCCCCUAGUUCGUUGCAUGAAUCCGCCCGAGCUCGAUGCUCCGGCAACCGAUGCUGAGAAGGAAUCUGAAGCUGUAGAUCCUGGACUUGAUGAUCUUCAGAAGAAUGUUUUCUGAGAGAUUCUCCUUUUUCCGUUUGAUCGUUGGCCCGUGUGCGCUUGUGCAGUGUGGUAGGAAGAGCUCGUCAUGAUGGAAACUAUUUCGGCUGUGGUUUUUGUGCCUUUAAGCAGUUAAUUAUUAUUGGCUUUCUGGAUAGGUUGUCCUUUUGUAUGUCGAUCUUUCUUGCAUAGUGACGAAUAAUCAAGUCCCCGUAAUCUCGUAAUUCGUGUUGAAUGCAA